AUGAUAUGCCGCUCAGCUCUUCGGAAACUAUUGUUCAGGCUCUUUUGGAAGUCAUGAUUUGUGGUUUCAAUAGAAGUGUGUUAUAUUAUGUGAUUAAUUCUCUUUCCCCUUUCAGUAUGGAGGUUCCCGUGCACGCAUCAAAAUACAGAAAAAAAUUUGAAAUGGAGUACAUUAGACACUUCUACAUUGUUAAGAAAAUUGGACCACUAAAUAUUUCUAAUAAUGAUAUAACAAAGCUUCCAUUUGUUUUUGCGAAUGAU